AUGGGACCUUCACAAAUGCCUUCCUUUAUUCCUAGAGCCUUUUUUGCCCAUACUCUUUUUCCUGCUAUGUCCACACCUAUGCAGUCCUCUUCAGCACCAUGGCUUAAUAAUCUUCUUCAUGUACCACAAAUAUCAUCAAAUUUGUUGUCUGUUCAUCAGUGUACUUCUGAUAAUAAUUGUAGCAUUACUUUUGACAAUGAGUUAUUUGUGAUUCAGGACAAGCUCACCAACAAGUUUUCCACCUCUCUUAAAAUUUUAAGAACUGAUGGGGGAGGAGAAUAUACUAAUGGUCAAUUUGAGGCUUUUCUCAAAACUUUUGGAAUUGUUCAUCAGCUUAGUUGUCCUCGUACUCCAUCUCAAAAUGGAGUUGUUGACAGAAAGCACAAACAUCUUAUUGAGACAACAAUCACAUUGCUUGAUCAAUCAUCAAUGCCUUUGAAAUUUUGGUUUGAGGCUCUUGCUACUGCUAUUUAUUUGAUAAAUAGAAUGCCUUCUCCUCAAGUGGAUAAUCUCAGUCCCUAUGAGGUUUUGUUUCAAAUGGUUCUAGACUAUGGUUUUCUCAAAAUCUUUGGCUGCAAAUGUUAUCCAUGGUUAAAGCCUUAUACUUCUCACAAAUUGCAAUCAAGAUCCAAGGCUUAUGUAGUCAUUGGUUACCAUCCAAGCUACAAGAGAUAUAAAUGUUUGGACCCUAGUUCUGCUUCAGCUUCUCCUCAUGUUUCUUUCCCAUCUUCUCAUACACCAAAUCAUUCUGAUUUUGUUUCAGUUCAUGUUCCUACCUUUUUACCUUAUGCUUCUAGCCCUGUCUUAAAUAAUCCUGGAUUUAUCUCAUCUCCUUUAUCUUCUUCUCCACCUGGUAUUAAUCUUACUAUUCUUCCUCAUCCUUCUUCUCGCUCUCUCAAUUCUCAUUCUAUGCUCACUCGAAGUAAGACAACCAUCUCUUCCCAAAAUUCAGAUGGCUCUAUUGCUAGGUACAAAUUCAGAUUGGUUGCUAAGGGUUAUCUUAAAAAGUUGGAUGUCUCUGAUGCCUUUCUUCAUGGCAAACUUGAAGAAGAGGUUUUUAUGAUUCAACCACCUGGCUUUGUUACUAGUCAUUGUGACAAUUCCUUGUUUAUUCAAACUACUAAUACCACUUUUACUUAUCUCUUGGUCUAUGUUGAUGACAUUCUUGUCACUGUUAUAGCUUCUUCUUUUGGUUUUUUCUUAUCCCAGUCUCACUAUGCUUCUAAGUUAAGUCUUGUUUGUGGCUUGCAAUAUUUGACCAUCAUUCGCCAAGAUUUGGCCUUUGCUGUGAAUCAGGCCUAUCAACACAUGCAAACUCCUUCUCAAGAUGAUUUUGCUAAGGUUAAACGCCUACUCAGAUUUGUUCAAGGGACCCUCUAUCAAGGUUUGCAUUUUUCUUCCACUUCUUUUGAUCUUCACGCCUUUUUAGAUGCUGAUUGGGCUAGUAGUCCUUGUGAUAGAAGAUCUAUUUCUGGCCUUUGUCUUUAUCUAGGUUCUAAUCUAGUUUCUUGGACUGCUAAGAAGUAG